UCAUCAAUCACAAGAAACCACAGCGAACUCCGCGAAAUCCCCCCGACCCCGAACCCAACCGAGCAAAGCGCGAAGCCCCCCACCUCGAAUCAAGCCGCAGAAUCGAUGGCGCCCAAGGCGGAGAAGAAGCCGGCGGCGAAGAAGCCCGCGGAGGAGGAGCCCGCGGCCGAGAAGGCGGAGAAGACCCCGGCGGGGAAGAAGCCGAAGGCGGAGAAGCGCCUCCCCGCGGGCAAGUCCAGCGCCGGCAAGGACGGCGAGGGCAAGAAGGGCAAGAAGAAGGCCAAGAAGAGCGUGGAGACCUACAAGAUCUACAUCUUCAAGGUGCUCAAGCAGGUGCACCCGGACAUCGGCAUCUCCUCCAAGGCCAUGUCCAUCAUGAACUCCUUCAUCAACGACAUCUUCGAGAAGCUCGCCGCCGAGUCCGCCAAGCUCGCCCGCUACAACAAGAAGCCCACCAUCACGUCCCGAGAGAUCCAGACUUCCGUCCGCCUCGUCCUCCCCGGGGAGCUCGCCAAGCACGCCGUCUCCGAGGGCACCAAGGCCGUCACCAAGUUCACCUCGUCUUAGCUAGGUCGCCUCCCCUCUUGUUUGUACUGAUUUCUGGUGGUGGUGGUACUAGCAGUUGGGUGCUAAUCGUGGUUCCCUGUGUUAAUUUAUCUGGCAGUUGGAAGCGAAUGGUUUAGUGUGUAGUUGGUUGUGCUUUCGAUAUAUUGCUCCCUGAUGGAUCCCGAAUGACGAUAGUGCCUUUUCUAUUAGCUCAGUUCAAUAGAGUUCUGUGAUUUUUGCAGCGCUAUUUGUAUAACAUGACUUUGGCAUGCAAAUCAUAUGCUUGUUGCCUUGGAUUCACCGUGAAACUUAGGUAUAAUUUCAAAUGUGAAAUUUCUGGAGA